GUGGGCGUGGCGAGGCGUUCGAGAAGGCUGGGGGGAUCAGGGUCGAGCGUCGAGUCAUCGACUCGAGCACCCGAGCUGCGGAACCGAGGAGCGGGCUUUCGCUCCGCCCGCCUCGUGGCGCUCGCUUCGGCUCUCGCUCGGGAAGCGCGGCGGUGGCGCGGGAGGGAAUCCCUGACAGCAUCUGGAACUCUAUUUUAAGAACCUCUUAAAACAAAAAAACCAAGUCAUGGAGAAGAAUGGAAAUAACCGAAAGCUUCGAGUUUGCGUUGCUACUUGCAACCGUGCAGAUUAUUCUAAACUUGCCCCGAUCAUGUUUGGCAUUAAGACGGAACCUGAGUUCUUUGAACUUGAUGUGGUGGUACUUGGCUCUCACCUAAUAGAUGACUAUGGGAAUACGUAUCGCAUGAUUGAGCAAGAUGACUUUGACAUUAACACCAGGCUACACACGAUCGUUAGGGGGGAAGAUGAGGCAGCCAUGGUGGAGUCAGUAGGCCUGGCCCUAGUGAAGCUACCAGAUGUCCUUAAUCGCCUGAAGCCUGAUAUCAUGAUUGUUCAUGGAGACAGGUUUGAUGCCCUGGCUCUGGCUACAUCUGCUGCCUUGAUGAACAUUCGAAUCCUUCACAUUGAAGGUGGGGAAGUCAGUGGGACCAUCGAUGAUUCUAUCAGACACGCCAUAACAAAACUGGCUCAUUAUCAUGUGUGCUGCACCCGAAGUGCAGAGCAGCACCUGAUAUCCAUGUGUGAGGACCACGAUCGCAUCCUUUUGGCGGGCUGCCCUUCCUAUGACAAACUUCUCUCAGCCAAGAAUAAAGACUAUAUGAGCAUCAUUCGGAUGUGGUUGGGUGAUGAUGUAAAAUCGAAAGAUUACAUUGUUGCACUACAGCAUCCUGUGACCACUGACAUUAAGCAUUCCAUAAAAAUGUUUGAAUUAACAUUGGAUGCACUUAUCUCAUUUAACAAGCGGACCCUCGUUCUGUUUCCAAAUAUUGAUGCAGGGAGCAAAGAGAUGGUUCGAGUGAUGCGGAAGAAAGGCAUCGAGCAUCAUCCCAAUUUCCGUGCAGUUAAACACGUCCCAUUUGACCAGUUUAUCCAGUUGGUUGCCCAUGCUGGCUGUAUGAUUGGGAACAGCAGCUGUGGGGUGAGAGAAGUUGGAGCUUUCGGAACACCUGUGAUCAACCUGGGGACGCGUCAGAUUGGACGAGAGACAGGGGAGAAUGUUCUUCACGUCCGGGAUGCUGACACCCAAGACAAAAUAUUGCAAGCGCUGCACCUUCAGUUUGGUAAACAGUAUCCUUGUUCAAAGAUAUAUGGGGAUGGAAAUGCUGUUCCAAGGAUUUUGAAGUUUCUCAAAUCUAUUGAUCUUCAAGAGCCACUACAAAAGAAAUUCUGCUUUCCUCCCGUAAAGGAGAAUAUUUCUCAAGAUAUUGACCAUAUUCUAGAAACUCUAAGUGCCUUGGCUGUUGAUCUCGGCGGGACAAACCUCCGAGUUGCCAUAGUCAGCAUGAAGGGUGAAAUAGUUAAGAAGUAUACUCAAUUCAAUCCUAAAACCUAUGAAGAGAGGAUUAAUUUAAUCCUACAGAUGUGUGUGGAAGCUGCAGCUGAAGCUGUAAAACUGAACUGCAGGAUUUUGGGAGUAGGCAUUUCCACAGGUGGCCGUGUGAAUCCUCGGGAAGGAAUUGUGCUGCAUUCAACCAAACUGAUCCAAGAGUGGAACUCUGUGGACCUCAGGACUCCCCUAUCUGACACUUUGCAUCUCCCUGUGUGGGUAGACAAUGAUGGCAACUGUGCUGCCCUGGCAGAAAGAAAAUUUGGUCAAGGAAAGGGACUGGAAAACUUCGUUACACUUGUCACAGGCACAGGAAUUGGUGGUGGAAUCAUCCAUCAACAUGAAUUGAUCCACGGAAGCUCCUUCUGUGCUGCAGAACUUGGCCACCUUGUUGUGUCUCUGGAUGGGCCUGACUGUUCCUGUGGAAGCCAUGGGUGUAUUGAAGCAUAUGCCUCUGGAAUGGCCUUGCAGAGAGAAGCAAAAAAGCUGCACGACGAGGACCUGCUCUUAGUGGAAGGGAUGUCGGUGCCAAAAGACGAGGCCGUGAGCGCCCUCCAUCUCAUCCAAGCUGCGAAACUUGGCAAUGCGAAGGCGCAGAGCAUCUUAAGAACAGCUGGAACAGCUUUGGGUCUUGGGGUUGUGAACAUCCUCCACACGAUGAAUCCUUCCCUGGUGAUCCUCUCUGGCGUCCUGGCCAGUCACUACAUCCACAUUGUCAAAGACGUCAUCCGCCAGCAGGCCUUGUCCUCGGUGCAGGACGUGGACGUGGUGGUUUCGGACUUGGUUGACCCUGCCCUGCUCGGUGCUGCCAGCAUGGUUCUGGACUAUACAACUCGCAGGAUCUACUAGGCCUCCAGAACAGAUGUGGACCAAGACUCUAGAGCUCCUGAGUACAAUCCAGUUCUUGUCUUCCAGAUGACCAUUUCUUCAGAAGCAAACUUAGUGACUUCGGCAGAGAAGUGUUUUUGCUUUUUGUCUCUUCUUCCAGAGUCACCAUUCCCAACCCCCAUUUUUGUGGACGCUACCUUUUCUGAUGUCUUCCUAGUAGGGGUCAUUUUAGCUCAAACCCUGUAAGUUCAGUCAAUUUUCUGUACCAAAGGAGGUACAGUAAUAGUCAGGGAAGCCUUAGGACUCUGCCCCGUACUACGCCACUUAGACCUGCAGGCCUUGCUUGGGAUACGAGCUUCAUCCUAGAGUUUGGAUUUAUAAUCCUUCC